AUGGUAGAGCCAACACACAAGUUUGCAUCGUUAGAGGAGGAGCUGGGCUUCUGGAAGGACCAGGCACAGCGCCAUCAUCAGAGGUAACACCACCACACUCACAUUCAGCUUCAUAACAACAACAACAACAGGGGUUUGACACAACCUAAGAGAUUCCUGUCAUCAGUAUGAUAACCUCUUUUUCAUCAGAGCCGAGGAGGCUCAGGAGGAGCUGCAGGAGUUCCAGCAGAUGAGUCGAGACUAUGAAGCAGAGCUGGAGAUCGAGUUAAAGCAGUGUGAUAGUCGAAACAAGGAGCUGGUUCUGGACAACAACAGACUCCGCGUGGAGCUGGAGAACAUCAAGGUAGAGAGCACCUUGAAUAUAAAUAGGCCCCCUGUCCCUACAGGGCAUGACGAGCUCUUUUGACCCAGUUAAAUUUGGAAAAUGUUACUAUUCCUUCUGAUGGGAGUAGAAAUAGAGACAUGCAGGCUCAAACAAACCACCUUUUAUCAACCCCCCCGAAUCAUUACAGCCACAAGGAAAACUGCCGCCCAGCUAUAAGGCAGCUGACUGCUAUUUUUGUCCAACAGUCCAUGGAGAAAGGAACAGCAAUAGAAGUAGUGAAUGCAUGAUUGUGCUAUUAACCCUCUGGUUGCUUGAGGAAUGAAAAAUAACUUAAGGGGGCUUUUUGGGUCAUGAAAAUUCAUCUCUGCAGUGUCAUUACAUCCAUGUCUGUGUGCCUUUUUAGGAGAAAUUUGAGGCUCAGCAUACUGAUGCUUUUAGACACAUAUCAACCCUGGAGGAAGAUCUGGCACAAACCAAAGCAGUGAGAGAUCACCUGCAGAAAUACAUCAGGGAGCUCGAGCAAUCCAAUGAUGACCUGGAGAGGACCAAGAGGUCAGUGUCUAAGAGGUCUUAUGUAAUUAUCUCAUUGACAUCCAAUGACGAGGUAACUAAUUUUCUCAGACGUAAGUGCGUGUACACACAUAGGUUUACUAUAAAAAAGAGAGGUGAUAUUCAGAGUAAAAACUUGGACCAACCAAUGCUCCUCUUAUCCCAGGGCUACCAUCAUGUCACUUGAGGACUUUGAGCAGCGAAUGAAUCAUGUCAUUGAGAGGAAUGCCUUUCUGGAGAGCGAGUUGGAUGAGAAGGAGAACCUGCUGGAGUCUGUACAGAGGCUCAAGGAUGAAGCUAGAGGUAAACAACUUCUGAUCAUAGCUUGUCAAGUUUGCAAUGAUUGUGGAUUUCUGUUAUAAGUGGCUCUUUAAGGUAGAACAGAUUCAUACAAGUGCAACGACAUAAAUCUGCUUAAUGUUUGUCAUCAUCCUUUUUUUGGGUGGUGGUGGUGAUCUUUUGUGUUGUUUGUAAUUAAAGCUUUCAGUUCUGGCUACAUCUCAGUUUAACUUAUGAACCCAACCAACACAGUGCUUACAUUCUGAGCUUCAGUGUUGUGCAUGUUCACACUAAAAGUGAACCACUGACAAAGUUUUGUCAAACUCAACUGCACAUUUUAAUAGAUGAACUCUGGGGUUAAAAAAAAAAACAAAACAAGAAAAUUGCAUUUUAGUUUGAUUUGCUAAGUGAACAUGGGAAACAUCUGCAGUUUUGUCAACUUAGAAAAAACUAAUAUUUGGUGGAAGAAAAUGUAACUAAAGGUUUCAACUUUUGAACCAAACACUCUCGUUCAGUGUCAACAGUCCUGAUUUGUUCAUAAAACUACUCAAAAUGUUUGAAGUAGCUGAUAGCAGGGAGUAGCGCCAGAUACUGUGGCUGCUAUAAUGGUAACUUCAUGCAGCUCUCAACACCUCUGAAUGUUAGUCGUCUUUCACUGACUCCAGGGAGAACUAUGCUCACGCUCUCAUUCACGAGUUAAAAAAUGAGCGACUCAGCUUACCAUUCACCAAAAUAUUAGUGCGUUCAUCUUGGCGUGUUCACAAACAACACUAAUGUGCUUUUUACAGUUGUUUCAUAUCCCCGCAAUCCCGUAUCUGUAAUGCCAUAUAGAAAAAUGUCUUUGUUCUUUGGAGACGAGGCACUUGAAUCUGUCAUUUAUGAAAAGCUCAUCUGUCGUACGUCCUCUGUCUUUUUUUAUGUGUCAGACCUUCGCCAGGAACUGGCUGUUCGUCAGAAAGAGAGACGACCUUCCAGCAGCUUGGGCAAAGACACAGAUCGCUCAGACCUACCGUGCCCCUCAGCUGCCAACCCAUCCAUUCCCGCAACACCUUCAAAACCUAUCAGCUCAUUUGCCACGCCUCCCGCUUCCAGUAUCAGACGAGGUAAAUAGAAAAGCCUCUGCUACAAUGAAAGUAGCCCUGUGUAUCAGCAAACUGAGUGAUUCACUGCUGAUAUUUUAUUCUUUUAGGUGAUGGACUAACUGGGACUCCACUCACUACAUCUGCCAGAAUAUCUGCACUGAACAUUGUUGGGGAGCUGCUCAGGAAAGUUGGAGUAAGGGAGUUGAAACUUUUACUUUUACAGUUCACAAUUCUUACUACACAUUCAGACACUUAUAUAUGACCUGACUCUUUUUUUACCUGUUAGAAUCUCGAGUCAAAACUGGCAUCCUGUAGAGACUUUGUGUACGACACUUCAGUCAGCAGACCUGCACUCACAGCCGCCCCAGGGAGUCUGUCUGGUUUAGAUGGAAGCUCUGAGCUCCAAGCCACAAGUCCUCAGUAUGACAGGUGAGUCACACAACCUGCGGUUCCUUUACUCUUUCCACUCUGUGUGGAAACUUGCAGAGCUGUAAAGGAAUCUUUUUUUUUUUCUGAUUUCUACCUGAGUCUGUGGUUGUUGAUGUUCUUUCUGUCAAAAACUUUCUGUGUCUUGACAUGAACAAAACAUUGUUUCCUUCGAAUAUGAUGUCAAGUCAACAAGUCAGGCACCAAGUUCAUUCCUCAGUUUUCAAGUUGUUGUUCCGACUUGAGCGGGCGUUCACAUGCGGUUUCCAACUGUGAAACCUGUUUUGCCAACAUGUCAGAAACCACAUGAAUGCAGGAAAAAUACCAAGUUAACAAAUAAAAAAAAUAUUUAUUUCAAAAUGCAAAGUAAGGCUAUCAAAAAGUGGGGAUUUUGAAUGUUGUAUCUUGUGCUUCAUGAUUAAAUUUGCUCUCUCUUGUCUCCCAGUUUAGUGAAGCGGUUGGAGUUUGGACCAGCGCCUCCCAGAGGAGUCUCUCAGGGUGCCCAGUCUCCUCAGGGAGGAGUUAAAAUUUUGCUAUGA